AUGCCUCGCCACCAUCGCCGCGAGCAGCUUCCGCUAUUCAUCAAGCGCGCAUUAUGCGCGCAUCACGUCGAUUAUCCCCUCCUGCGCCACGUCGAUCUUGCACGCUGGGUUUACGCCCAGUAUGGCCUGCGACCUGACCGCUCCACGGUCGGCCGCAUCCUGAAGAAUGCGGGCCGCUGGGCUCUGGAGGAACCCAACGCCCCCAAUCAGGUGCGGCGCCGGGGCGGCGCAUGGCCUGAGCUUGAGCAGGCCAUGGCUCGCUGGAUCGCAAACGCGGGCCCCGCGGGCGUGCCACUCACUCUGCAGACGAUACGCGACCACGUGGCGACGAUGGCGCGACGCAUGGGCAUUCCGCCCGCGUUCCGUUGCUCCAUUGGCUGGGUCCGCCGUGCGUUGAGGCGCCAAGGAGUGCGGUGCCGUGCAGCCAUCGGCGAGGCGGCGAGCGCCGACAUGGCGGCUGUGCGUGAGGCGCGUGAGAAAGUGCCGCAGCUUCUGACUCACCUCGGUUACCAACCGCGCGACACUUUCAACUUUGACGAGACUGCGUUGUGGCUCUCUGUGCUGCCGCGUAAGACGUACAGCAACGCGCGCAUUCCCGGGCGCAAGGUCUCGAAGGACCGCCUGACGGUGGCUUUUCUCGUCAACGCUGACGGGAGCCACGUCUUCCGGCCGUUGGUCAUCAGCAAGGCGCGCCGUCCGCACGACUUCAGGCCGGACUACGACCCGGAAGCUCUGUGCUACUGGCGGCACAACGCGAAAGGCUGGAUGACCAGCUCGUUGUUCACGCAUUUCAUAUCGCAGCUCAAUGCCGCGAUGUAUGCCGAGAGGAGGCACAUCGCGGUGCUGCUCGACAAUGCAAGCUCCCACAUGCUGCGGGACGAGUGCGCUUGGAGCGAAAUCGUCUGCGGCAUGCGGACCACUUGCCUCAGCAAUGUGCGCCUCGUCUUCCUGCCGCCUAACACAACCUCCUACACGCAGCCCCUCGACCAGGGCAUGAUCGCGACAGCGAAGGCCCGCUAUCGACAGCACUGGCUGCAGGCCUUCACUGCACUGUGGAAUGACGACGGCGCAACCAGUGCCGUCGCCCGCUGGCGCCCCAAUCUUCGCGACGUGCUCGGUUGGCUCUCCGACGCCUGGAUGAGCGUCGGAGCGCGCACCAUCCAGAGGUGCUUCUGGCGCACGGGCUGCUUGCCUCUAUCGUGGUCGCUGGAACUCACGCAUGUGCAUGAUGACGAUCCCACCCCCCAUGCUUACCCGGACAUUGAGCUCGACGACGACAUCGACAAUGUCGGGGAGCUCAUAUGCGGGCUUGGGCUCGGCGCCGGCGCAAUGACCGCCGCCGAGUACGUCGCCAUCGACGAGGGCGAGCCGACGUGCGCGGAGGCGGCGGCGGGAACGUCUCCGGAAGAUGUGGACGUGGGCCUGGUGGCGGAGCUAUGGAGGGCGCCGACCACGAUGCAGGCCGUGUAUGACGACAACGACCCCAUCGGCCGUGAGGCGCGGCGCACGGCACGGGCGGCCAGCGAGAUGCUCAUCGGCUACGCGCGCGCUGUGAACGUGACCCCGCGCGACCUGUGCCACCUGUUCGACAUCCGGAAUCCGGUCAUCAUUGAGCGCAUGGAGCGUGCAAGCCCCGCGCUGGCUCUCAGCAUGGCCCCGCCGCCCAGGCUUUCGACGAGCCCAACCCCGCCGGAGGAGGCCCAGCAUCCGCGGGGCCGUGUGCUGCCUGGCUGGAUGACCCAGCCGUCCCGCCGUCAGCAGCUUCUUGACGCCGGGGUUGGCGCCGCGAUGGGCGGGUACGUGGAGGCGGCCGAGUGGAUGCAGGUAGCGCAUCCACCGGCGAUGACUAGUACCGUAGCUGCCAGCAACGACAGAAGAACGGCCACUACCAGCGCCUUGGCGUCGCCGAGGUCGCGCGGCGUGCUUUGCGAUAAGCGGGAGGCUGUCGCAGCGAGCAGCAGCACGUGCGAGGGCGUCGCGCCUUGCGACACCAGCACGCCCUGCGACAUCGCCAGCACGUGUCUUCACACCGUCCGCCGUAGUAACUGCGCCCUGCACGCUUGCGCGGGUCUCGCGAACGACGCUACCACUAGUAAUAACAGCGAGUCGCACCCAGGUGGUGAGGAUAGUAGUAGCAUUGGUGCUGCGGCCGCGGUGGGCGCGCCAUGUUCAGUCGCGGCUGACGAGUCUCCCGAAGUCGCUGCCGUCCCGACGCCGCAUGUUUUAAUUGCGGCGCUAAAGAGCCCCAACGGCCCAACGCAUCGCAUAGAAGAUUCCACGGCCCGGGCAACCCACGACAAUCCGACACGGGACGCUGCGAAUUGCACAAGUGGUAGUGCAGCGAGUGCAGCGGCUGAGUGUAGCGCUGUUUCUAAGAGACCUAGCAGUCCUCGAAAAGCUAUUCUGGAUGUGUUGCGCUGGGGCCCACUGCACGGCGAACGGGGAGCUCUAAAACGGGGAUGGUCUCGCAUCGUUAGCUUCGUGCGGAGAGAAAACCGGCAGGCGCGGGAGCAGAAGGAGUUCGAGUCGAGGAAGAGACAGGAGAAAAGCGCAGCCGCCGUGAGGGGCGGCGGAGAGGCUACUAUCACCAGCAUUAGAGCCGGCGGGGAGGCUCUUGCGAGCGAGAGUAGCGCCAAUUCGCGGUUGACAUUCGGCGAUUGGGCUUCUGGCGGAGGCGCGACCAGCACCAGCCCUGGCGAUCCGAAGGCGCGGCUGGUGCAGGCUUCGCGGAAGCCGGCGGAGAGCAGCGCAGGUUGCAACGGGACGUUGCGGAAGGGCGGGGGGGGCGCGGUAUGCGCGGCAUUUGUCCCCACGAUGAUGUGCGUGAAUGAAGGGGCGAGGAAUGGGGAGCGUGGGACGCGGGAUUGGGAGCCAAGUGGGGAGGGGGACGGAGCGGUUGAGUCGGGUACAGGGGGCGGUAAUGAUGACACGGAGACUUCUCUCAGCUUCCAUGUGCGCCGGGACUGGGGCGGGGAUGAGCAGGCGGAAGGGGCCGACGAAGGACAGGUGGAGGUGGUAAGCCGCGGGGCGGAAGCGGAGGAGUUGGGCGGGCCGGGGUGGACGCACCUGGCAAGAGCUGCUCUGGAGCCGUGGGAGGUGUGCGAAGGCGUGGGCGCCGUGCGGGCUGUAGACGAGUGCGGCUAUAGCGGGGAUGGAGUGGGAGGAGAGGGAGGUUGCAGCGAUGGUGGGGAGGCCGUGCUGGUGUACGUUCCUCACGUCAACCCGUCACCACAGCCGCCGACAGCACUGCUGGCAGCGGCACUGCAACGCACUGCUGCUCAUUGGAAGGGGGCAGAGAUGCGAGAAGCAGCAGAUGAGGAGGGGUGCAGAGGACAAAAAUGUGUGAGUGCCAGUGAUAAGGAUGACAUCAACGCUGGUGUGGGCGAACAAGGGGAUGCGGAUGAGAAGCAGUCACAACGGAUGCCAUCAAUGCCGUCGCUGACGAUACCAACAAUGCCAAGUCGUCUGAAUGUUCAACGCCAUUCUUACCUCGCCUUGCUCAUGCCUCUUGAAAAACGCAUUCCUUUUAGUGUCCCUCGUCAUCAGUUGCUCGACAUCAAUCUUCGCACAUUCGUGAAGAAGAAGGAGGUGGAGAUCGAGGAGCUUUGCAAGCAGCACUACGAGGAGUUCAUCCAUGCCGUCGACGAGCUCAGAUACGUGCUGGUGGACGCGGACGAGCUGAAGCAUGGGCUGGCGAUGCAGAACACGGAGAUGCAGGAGGUGGGCAGCGGGCUGCUGCACAAGCUGGACGAGCUCAUUCAGCACAACGCCAUCAAGACCAACCUCGCCUCCGCGCUGCAGCUGCUCAAAAAGUGCAAGACCGUUGUCGACCUCUGCGCCAAGGUGAACGAGGCAAUAGCAGCGGACAGCUACUACCAGGCGCUGAAGACCCUAGACGCUAUUGAGCGCGACCACCUGCGCACCAUCCCCUCCUCUGCUCUGCGCGCAUGGGUAGAGAGGGGUAUUCCGCGGUGCAGAGCGCAUAUCGAGCGCAAGGUGAACCAGGAGUUCAACGAGUGGAUGGUGCAGAUCCGGGAAACGAGUCAGGAGAUCGGUCGACAGGCGAUAGGGCAGGCGUUCAGCGCGAGGCAGAGGGAAGUGGAGCUUGGGGACAGGCAGAGGCAGGCUGAGGAACAGACGCGGUCAGGGGCGAGGGCAGUGGCGUACAUGUUAGAAGUGGAGGACGCGGAGGAGGAUGCGUCGAUGCUCAAGUUCAACCUGACGCCCAUCUACCGCGCGCACUACAUCAACACGUGUCUGGGCAUCCAGGACCAGUUCCGCGACUACUACUAUGACAACCGCAAGCUGCAGCUCAAUACUGAUCUGCAGUUCACGCCAGGGCAGUCGUUCAACGACUACUGCUCGCAGGUGGCGGGGUUCUUCAUAGUGGAGGACCGCAUCAUGCGCACUGCUGGUGGGGUCAUCAAGCCCGCUCAGGUGGACGUGCUGUGGGAGACGGCCAUAGCGCGCAUGCGCAGUGUGAUGGAGGAGCAGUUCGCGUCCAUGUCCUCUGCCGACCACAUGCUCAUGGUCAAGGAAGACGUAUCCCUCUUCGCCGCCGCGCUCCGGCGCUACGGCUUCCAGGUGUCUCCACUACUGGACGUGCUGGCGUCCAUGAGAGACAAGUACCACGAGCUGCUGCUGGAGGAGGCGCGGCGGCAGGUGAACGACUCGAUUGCCAACGACAAGCUGGAGCAGAUGGUGAUGCGCAAGGAGUAUGAGUACAGCAUGAACGUCCUCGCCUUCCAUAUCCAGAGCACGGACAUCAUGCCCGCGUUCCCCUGGAUCGCGCCCUUCUCAGCGUCGGUCCCCGAGAUCUGCCGCAUAGUGCGCAUCUUCAUCGACAGCUCCGUCUCCUUCCUCAAGCACACGGGCCACAUGGACCAGUACGACCUCGUGCGGCGCUACCUCGAUCGCCUGCUCACCACGGUGGUGAAUGAAGCGCUGCUGCGGCUCAUUGGGAACCCCACACUGCAAGUCUCUCAUGCUAUGCAGGUAGCGGCGAACAUGACAGUGAUGGAGCGGGCAUGUGCAUUCUUCGCAGAGCACGCAGCCAAGUCGUGCGGCAUCCCAUCCCGCCUCGUGGACGGUGCACACGGCACACUGGCCGCCAGGAACACCCUCAGGCAGUCGCAGGCGGGGGCAUAUGAUGCCAUGCUGCGCAUCAUGAAUGAGAAGAUCGAUGACAUGAUGGCGCCUGCAGAGCAGAUCCCGUGGAAUCCCAUGGAACCGCCUGGGCUAGUGAACGAGUAUCUUACGGACCUCUGCAUCUACCUGGAGACCAUGAUGGAGACGGCCAGACAGCUGCUUCCUCUCGAUGCCUUCCAGCGGGUGAGUGGAGGAAUGAUGCGCCACAUCAGCAACGUGCUCGUCAGCCUGCUGUGUGGCUCUGCCGUGCCGCGGUUCAACCUGUACGCCAUCCAGGGAGUGGACAAUGACCUGCGUGUCAUUGAGGGGUUUGCCGACCAGGAGGAUGAGAAGAGCGGCGUCAUGAAGGACAAUGGCGAGGCUGUGCCUCUUAAGUCGCACCUUGCGGAGUCACGGCAGCUCAUCAACCUCAUUCUCAGCAACAACCCCGAGCAUUAUGCGACCAAGUCGCACCGGGAGAAGAAUUAUGGGGCUCUGGCGCCGACUAAAGUGCUCAUCGUCUGCGAUAAGUAUCGGGGACACCAUCUGAAGUAG